GUACAGGAACAGAGGCUAUCCUUUAGCCUUUGAUAACUGGUACCCAUGGGAUGUGAUUCCCUUAUUCAGAGGAAGAACACAUGUCCCUGCUUCUCAUAAAAAAUGCACUCUAAAGAUAGAACGAGUGGAGUGGUCUGACAACAGACAGCGGCUUUAUCCUUGGGUUGAUCCAGAGAAUAUUUGGAAAAGCACCUACAGAUUCUUUGAUAGAACUGUGACCAUUGAAGUAGUGGACAGGGCAGAGGAUCCACAGAUUACGAUCACAGGAGACAUGAAGGUGGGAAAGUCGGUAACUGUGCAGUGCUCCGUUUUUCACACCUGUUCCACCAAUCCCCCGGCUCUGAGUCUCAACAUCCCACUUAAAGACGCCAAGAUACAGCAUACUGACAUGAAUUAUGGCACUAAAACUACCCUGACAACAACUUUCAUCAUACAGCGAGACCGUCAAACUGUGGAGUGCUCUGUACGACACCAUGGAGGUCGAACAGCUAAAUAUUCUAAACCGCUUGAUGCAAAAUGCUCCUUUUCCCCGUUGAUUAUCAGCCCUGCAUCAAAUGAAUUUCUUGAGGGAAUUGCAAGCCAAGUAACCUGCACUGCCUCCUACAUGUGCGCUCAAUAUAAACCGGUUCUCACAUGGAACUACGAGGACAUGCCAGCCUCCACCCACACUACCAAGGUGCCACUCAACGGGGUGACUUCAUGGAAGACUGUUUCCACACUGACACUCACAUUAUCAGCUAAGGACCAUGGAAAAGCUCUAAGAUGCUAUGCACAAUUCACAGAAGGAAAUUUACAGCAAACAAGCAUCACUCUACGAGUAAAAAGAAACAUGCAUUCUCUGGGUUGGUCCAUCUCUACUCCUAGAAGCAUAACAGGACUGAGAGGGUCAUGCAUCGUCAUCCCGUGCACGUUCAGCUACACCAUCACGUCUCCUCAUGGCCUCCAGAUUAUUUGGUACCUUUACCAGAGUUCUGGUUACCCAGUUGUAUUUAACCCAGAGAAAAAAAAUGUUGUCAGUGAGUUCAGUGGGAUAACCAGUAUGAUCGGCGCCGUGGCAAAUAACAACUGUAGUCUUAAGAUAGAUAAUCUGAAGACGUCACACAACGAGGACCGCCUCUACCCGUGGAUUGAUAAAAACCCCAUUGAUCACUACCACUCCCAGGGACACUCGUUUUACGAUAAAACCACUCAGCUGAUGGUUGAAGACGAAGCACAGAAGCCACAGCUGAGCAUCACUGGUAUCCCCAGAGUGGGAAAACAGAGCAAAUUGUCCUGCAGUGUGCAGCAUACAUGCAUCUCUAAUCCUCCAACUCUGUCUCUGAACGGUGUCCUUGGAUCAGACCACCUCAUGGACACUCUGGUAUCAGAUGGGAUUUGGGAAAGAACAAUAGAGCGGACCUGGAACGUAGCGGAAGAAGACAAGAGUGUGAAGUGUACCGUCAGCCACCCUGGUGGUCAGACGGCCUUUACUGAUCUCACACUUGACGUUGAAUGUCCUUACGAAGACAUCAAAAUGGUUAAACCACCAGGUGAAACAACAGAGGGCAUAGCACAGUCUGUCAUUUGUUCUGUUUCCUACAAAUGCAAGAAAAAUACGCCAACCAUUGUGUGGAACUACGGAGACAUGCAGAGUUCAUUAAACAGCAAAACAACCUCCAUGAAUACAUACACGACGGAGUCAAAUCUAACAUUCAUCGGUUCCCUGAAUGAUGAUGGAAAACCUCUGACUUGCACUGCACAGUUCAUCAGUGGGGAGACCUCGGACUCUACAACUCUGCAUGUAAAAAAGUAUGAGAAACCAGCUGAAGUAGAGCCAUCAAAAGAUGAAAAUUUCCAGGUUUUGGCUGCGGACGUUCCUUUCAGCUUCAGCGCUCUGUCCCGCUCCUGUGUGGUUAUUCCCUGCAGCUUCCAGGACCACAACCUUGAACCCAUGACCCGCGGCAUCUGGUCCAACAAAAACGGGGACAUUGUUUUCCACAACGGUCGGAGCAGCGUUAUGGAUCAUUUUAAGGACAGAACCAGAUUGUUGGGAGAUCUGAUGGAAAGAAACUGCUCACUAGAGAUUGAUGACAUCAAACCCUUUGACAAUGGGCCUUUCUGUUUCGGUGCAGAGAGAGGGGAUGAUCAAUACAGAUUCAACAAUAGUUGUGUUUUUAUUAUCAUGAAAGCUUCCCCAGAUAAACCAGAGAUGUCCUCGGUUCCAGCUGAAGUGGAUGCUGGUUCAUCUGUAACUGUCUCAUGUUCUGUCAGUCACACGUGUCCAUCACAUCCUCCAGAGUUUUCAUGGAGUGUCCCUAAUAUCAGCAGUGAGGUCUCGGACACUUUGCUGUCACGAGGCGUCUGGCAGAGAACGUCCACCAUCACUUUUGUGGUUGCUGGAGGAGACGGAGCCCAAAGCCUCACCUGUACUGCCAUCUUCUGGAGAGAGAAGCAACAAGCCAGCACGGCCAUGCUAACUGUGAAGGGAACGGGGAUGUUCCAGUUUAGGAACUCUGCUCCAGUUGUCUUUCCAGUCACACUUUUAGGGAUCAUCUUCAUCGUCUUAGCUGCAGCAUUUGGACUACACAUCCACAGGAAGAGGAAAAAUACUGGUGACGCUCUAAGACCACCUCCUCGACCAGAGAAAAGGAGAUCUCUUUGGGACAGAAUGUCCAGGAGAUACCCUCAUGGAGACGAGCAGAAACCUCCCAGGCCGGAAAAACGGAGGUCAAUCUGGAACCGGAUUUCUAGAUCCGAUGAUGGUCGAGCUGGGUGGCAAAAUAUGAGCUCGUUCUGGAGAAGAUUUUCAAGACACCACGACAACAGAGCUGACCUCACUGUCAGCUAUUUAAACAACACCAACACUGUAAUCUCAAACCGAGGAGAGCUGAACCAGCCACACCUGAGGUGGUUUGUCAGUGUUGACGGAUGCUCAGUCCCUCCACCCUCCUCUCGGGAUGCGGACUUUUCCUGGAUCAGCUCCCAAGGACGCCCAACUAUCAUCUGGUGGCAGAGACUGGAGAAAGGAACUGGGAGAAAGUUCACGAUGGGAGACAAACACACCCCCCCGGCAUGUGUUUCUUAUGUUGUGAAGGUCUGAAUUAUGUGCUUUUAUAUACUGAGGUGUGUGUUUUUGUAUCUCAACAUUGGGCCCUUAGGCCCAGGGUGGAGAUGCCUUUUUUUCUAGCCUCAUCUUAUUCCCCUCAUGUUAUCUUUUCCAUCUAAAUCUAACAUUAAUAUAGGUGCACCGCGGUUUGUGUUUACAUGUUGUUCCUGUCUACUCUUGGACGGGUUGUACUGGAAUACAUUU